GAAAGUCUAGCCACUUUAGUUUUAAUAAUUGGUCUUGUCUUUCAGACCACGAUGGGUUAGUUGCACCCUUCUAACCUGUUUUCGUUCUCUUUCUCCAGAUUUGUUGUGAUAAUUGUAAUUUUUCCCUCAAAAGUUCCGUGCAGGUCCCCACGCACUGAACCAGGCUGGCUCUGAGUUCCUGUUGAUCUUAGAGCUUUAACCUCUCCACUGCCUCGCGGAGCUAAACCUAUCUGCAUCCUUGGUCUCUGGGAUGAAGAUGCUCUCCUCUCCUCUCACCUACUAAUCUUGACACCCUGUGCCUUGGGUAGGUCAUGAGUUCUUUACGUAUACAAGACUCCAAUCUCAACGGAGUCCGAGUGUUCCUGUGUCUUUGGACGCUUGUUUGAGUUCUCUACAUACAACUUUCCGAUCGCAACGGAGUCCGAGUGUUCCUGUGUCUUUGGACGCUUGUUUGAGUUCUCUACAUACAACUUUCCGAUCGCAACGGAGUCCGAGUGUUCCUGUGUUUUUGAACGCUUGGUUUGAGUUCUCUACGUUUCCUCUGACAGUAUCCUAGAGACGUCUCCAUCUCUAUGUACCAGACCUCCGACAACCUCGGCUUGGUUGUUCCCACUUCUCCAGCAUCUCCGAAAGAAGGAAUCUAUCUUCUCCGACACCUCUGACGGAAGGACCUCUACUCUGUAUCCCUGAUCUAAGCUCCUCUAGAUCAAAUACAGUUCUUGUACCCGAGACUGUGGUGUAUUCUGAACGCUAUAGGCUACAAACCUCCGGACGAAUCAACAUUGAAAUUCACGGUUGAGUCCUGUAUUAACUGCCUACCUGAAAUAUUUACAUAAGAUUUUAUCAGUGCAAAUUGAGAUGAGGUUGGAUUUAAAACUAUUGCUUACUGCAACUGUAAUCAUACUAUGCAUUACAUACACUAUAUAUAUCACAGGAUUAUUGGAUGACCAGAACAACAAGAAAGAUUUCUUAACGGACUUAAAUUCUUAUAUUUCGGAAAUUCGCAGCUCACCACGUUACCAUGAAAUAACUACAGCAGCACAGGAGCCACCUACCGUACAUGUAGCUUCCAAUGUACCUCAUGUACAUGCUAACCUGCAUCCUGAUAACCUCACUCUCAUUGAUAUUAAAAACUUUAAACUAAAUAUCAACCAGGAUAUUUGUAAUGUGUCAGAAAUAGGACUGGUAACAAUUAUACACUCAGCAGUGGAAAAUACUGAAGCUAGAAGAAUUAUCAGAGAGACCUGGGGUAAUCCUAAUAUACCUGGGGUAAAUACAAGGCUUGUAUUUCUACUUGGAAUGGUAUCUGAUGUUGGACUGCAGAAACCAUUAUUAGAUGAAGCCAUGCGGUUCAAAGAUAUAGUACAAGGAGAUUUCUUGGACACCUACCACAACCUCUCCUACAAGAAUGUGUUUGGUAAACUCUGGGUUUCAGAGUUCUGUGAACAAGCUGAUUUUGUUGUGAAAACAGAUGAUGAUAUGUUUAUAGAUCUGUAUGCUACUUAUUUCUUCACCAGGCAAUACCUUGAAGGUCCUGAGUACAAGAAAAACAGCUUUUUGCUUUGUCCAAUAUGGAAUGGGAUGCAAAUUCUUAGAGAUCCUAAAAGCAAGUGGUUUGUCAGCUAUGAUGAUAUAUCUAAAGAAGAUGGAGCAAAUGUAUUUCCACCUUACUGUACUGGAUGGAUUUAUAUAUUAUCUCCUGCUACUGCUGCAAGAUUUGUAGUUGCAGCGCAGUCAGCUAAGUUUUUCUGGAUUGAUGAUGUCUGGGUAACAGGGUACCUUGUGAAAGCUCUGGGUUUCCGUCAUAUUGAUAUGAUAGAAUUCUUUAAAGUGGAAAUGGAGAAAGUGUUGUUGAUGAAAUCUGUUCAAGAUCCAAAAAUAUACCAUAAGGAUUAUUUAGCAGCUCCAAUGAAGAGAAAUUUUGAGUUAUCCUACACACUCAAUUUAAAAGCAAGAUGGUGUUAUUUAAACAAGUGCCUGAAUAAUAUUUACAGCAAUGUGAGCCUGCUUUCUUCAAAGGAUUUAAUUGCUCAACAAGUUAUUGAAACAUUCCUGGAGAAUAAGAUUUCAAAACAUUAACCCGUUUUAAUGAGUUCUUCUUCUUCUGAAAACACACUGAGAUCUUCUAUAUGUUUCAAAACAUUGAUCAGUUAAAAUUUUUUUCUAAAAACACACUUUCAUCUUCUAUUUGUUUCAAAACAUCAACAUUUGUUCCUAAAUCCACACUUUCAUCUUCUAUUUGUUUCAAAACAUCAACAUUUUUUCCUAAAUCCACACUUUCAUCUUCUAUAUGUUUCAAAACAUCAACGUUUUUUCCUAAAAACACACUUUCAUCUUCUAUUUGUUUCAGAACAUCAACAUUUUUUCCUAAAUCCACACUUUCAUCUUCUAUAUGUUUCAAAACAUCAACAUUUUUUCCUAAAAACACACUUUCAUCUUCUAUUUGUUUCAAAACAUCAACAUUUUUUCCUAAAAACACACUUUCAUCUUCUAUUUGUUUCAAAACAUCAACAUUUUUUCCUAAAUCCACACUUUCAUCUUCUAUUUGUUUCAAAACAUCAACAUUUUUUCCUAAAAACACACUUUCAUCUUCUAUUUGUUUCAAAACAUCAACAUUUUUUCCUAAAAAUGUCUUUGAUCUUCUUUAUGUUCAAAAACAUUGACCAGUUUUAAUGUGUGUGUUUUUUAACUAAUUUGAUCUUCUAUCUGAAAAUCGAUACCAAAGCAGUUUUUAUUUACUUUAUGUUAAAGUUACUAAAAAUGUGUUGUAAAAGGUAAACAGACACUGUUGUU